CGAGAAGCCCUUUUAUACCUCCUUCCCCGGCCAGCUGCUUGUGGCUUGCCAGUCAGUCCUGGCCGGCCAGCGGGGCUCUCUUUCCUUCUCCGGACUCGGGUUCACAACCAUCUAAAGCAAGAUGUCUGAUGACGAGAAAAAGAGGAGGGCAGCCACUGCCCGGCGGCAGCACCUGAAGAGUGCUAUGCUCCAGCUUGCUGUCACUGAAAUAGAAAAGGAAGCAGCUGCUAAAGAAGUGGAAAAACAAAACUACCUGGCGGAGCAUUGCCCUCCUCUGUCCCUCCCAGGAUCCAUGCAGGAACUUCAGGAACUAUGCAAAAAGCUUCAUGCCAAGAUAGAUUCAGUGGAUGAGGAAAGGUAUGACACAGAGGUGAGGCUACAGAAGACAAACAAGGAGCUGGAGGACCUGAACCAGAAGCUGUUUGACCUGAGGGGCAAGUUCAAGAGGCCACCCCUGCGCCGGGUGCGCAUGUCUGCUGAUGCCAUGCUGCGUGCCCUGCUGGGAUCCAAGCACAAGGUCAACAUGGACCUCCGGGCCAACCUGAAGCAAGUCAAGAAGGAGGACACGGAGAAGGAGAAGGACCUUCGUGAUGUGGGUGACUGGAGGAAGAACAUUGAGGAGAAAUCUGGCAUGGAGGGCAGGAAGAAGAUGUUUGAGGCUGGCGAGUCCUAAGCACUGGUCUCUCCACUUUUCCCAUUGCCACCCUCUUCCAUCCCCUCCUGAGCAUGGCCACAGCCUCACUGCCUUGAACCUCAACGUGUCCUCACCAUGCAUUGAACCCACUGACUGGGUGCUGUUUCUCUGAUUUUGUGAAGAGCUGCAGUCUGGAAGCAGCAGUGUAAAUAAAGCUUUCAUGGGAGAGGG